UGAUUCUCCUCAAACAGUUCGUUUUCUAAGGCUUGAUUUUUGAGGCAGGGGCGAAAAUGGCUCAAAGCGCGCUGCUUUUUUUAUUAUGGCUAUUCGGCACAUCUAUCGCUGCCUUCCCCAAUCAAAUCAAUAUCGGUGGGCUCUUCAUGCGUUCCACCGUGCAAGAACACAGCGCUUUCAGGUUCGCUGUGCAGCUCUACAACACCAAUCAGAACAUGACUGAGAAACCCUUCCAUCUCAAUUACAACGUAGAUAACCUGGAGUCCUCCAACAGUUUCUCUGUCACUCAUGCAUUUUGUUCGCAGUUCUCCAGAGGGGUGUACGCCAUCUUCGGCUUCUAUGACAAGAAGUCCAUGAACACGCUGACCUCCUUCUGCGGGGCCCUCCACACCUCCUUCGUCACACCCAGUUACCCCAUCGACUCAGACGUGCAGUUUGUCAUCCAGAUGCGCCCUCCACUGAAGGGCGCCGUCCUGAGUCUCCUGUCUCACUACAAGUGGGACAAGUUUGUCUACCUCUAUGACACAGACAGAGGAUUUUCCAUUCUUCAAGCCAUUAUGGAGGCUGCGGUUGCAAACAACUGGCAAGUUACAGCGCGGUCGGUGGGCAGCAUCACGGACCCCCAGGAGUUCCGGCGCAUCAUUGAGGAAAUGGACAGGAGACAGGAGAAGCGCUUCCUCAUCGACUGUGAAGUGGACAGAAUCAAUGUCAUCUUGGAGCAGGUCGUGGCACUCGGGAAGAACAGUCGGGGCUACCAUUAUGUUAUUGCCAAUCUGGGCUUUACCAACAUCAGCCUGGACAAGGUCUUUCUCGGCGGAGCAAACAUUAGUGGCUUCCAGAUAAUCAAUCCUGAAAACACAGUUGUUCAACAGUUUCUCCAGAGAUGGGACCGUCUAGAUGAAAGAGAGUUUCCUGAAGCUAGAAACACUCCGCUGAAGUACACUUCAGCGCUGUCUUAUGAUGCUAUCCUGGUCAUUGCGGAGGCGUUCCGAUACCUGCGACGCCAGCGAGUAGACGUGUCCAGACGAGGCAGUGCAGGCGAUUGCCUGGCUAACCCUGCGGUCCCUUGGAGCCAAGGCAUCGACAUUGAACGAGCUCUCAAAAUGGUCCAGGUGCAAGGGAUGACUGGCAAUAUCCAGUUUGACAGCUUUGGUCGCAGAUCAAACUACACUAUUGAUGUUUAUGAAAUGAAAACAGGGGGCCCAAGAAGAAUCGGAUACUGGAACGAGUUUGAGCGCUUUGUUAAUAUAAUGGAUCAGCAGUACACCAACGAUUCCUCAGUGGAAAACCGAACAAUUGUGGUCACUACUAUUAUGGAAGCUCCAUAUGUGAUGUACAAGAAAAACCACAUGCAUCUGGAAGGCAAUGACAAGUAUGAAGGCUACUGUGUCGAUUUAGCUUCUGAGAUUGCCAAACAUGUCGGGAUUAAGUACAGACUGUCCAUAGUCAUGGACGGAAAAUAUGGCGCCCGUGACCCUGAAACCAAGUCUUGGAACGGGAUGGUGGGUGAACUAGUCUAUGGGAGAGCAGAUAUAGCCGUCGCACCAUUAACAAUCACGCUAGUGCGAGAGGAAGUCAUUGACUUUUCGAAGCCCUUCAUGAGUUUGGGCAUCUCCAUUAUGAUCAAGAAACCUCAGAAGUCCAAGCCCGGUGUGUUCUCCUUCCUGGACCCUCUGGCAUAUGAGAUCUGGAUGUGUAUCGUUUUUGCCUACAUCGGCGUCAGCGUGGUGCUGUUCCUCGUGAGCCGCUUCAGUCCCUACGAGUGGCACCUGGAUGAGAGUGAUGAAGCCAAAGACCCCCAGACCCCUCCAGACCCGCCUAAUGACUUUGGGAUUUUUAACAGCCUGUGGUUCUCUUUAGGGGCCUUCAUGCAGCAGGGCUGUGAUAUCUCACCAAGGUCCUUAUCGGGCAGAAUAGUGGGAGGCGUCUGGUGGUUCUUCACCCUCAUCAUAAUCUCGUCCUACACGGCUAACCUGGCUGCUUUCCUCACAGUGGAGAGGAUGGUCUCUCCCAUAGAGAGCGCUGAAGAUCUAGCCAAACAAACAGAGAUCGCAUACGGAACCUUGGACUCAGGAUCAACCAAAGAGUUCUUUAGGCGUUCAAAAAUAGCAGUGUACGAAAAAAUGUGGUCGUACAUGAAAUCGGCCGAGCCCUCCGUCUUCGCCAAGACCACGCCCGACGGAGUGGCACGGGUACGAAAGUCGAAGGGCAAAUUCGCCUUUCUUCUCGAAUCAACCAUGAACGAAUACAUUGAGCAGAGGAAGCCCUGCGACACCAUGAAAGUGGGCGGCAAUCUGGACUCUAAGGGCUAUGGUGUGGCGACCCCCAAAGGCUCAGCAUUAAGAAAUGCUGUUAACCUGGCAGUUUUAAAACUGAAUGAGCAAGGCCUGUUGGACAAAUUGAAAAACAAAUGGUGGUACGACAAGGGAGAGUGCGGCAGCGGGGGAGGUGACUCCAAGCUCUCUGUUUUUGCAGUUUGCAGUGAUUUGAAGCCCCCAUUAGUCGACACGCAGUGGAUGGGCUAGCUCUAAUGAUCUAAUGCAGCGAGGCUGCAGUGGCGUGCCUGGACCCAGCCGCACAGCCAGCUGUGGAAAAACACAACAAAAGGAGAGAAAAACAGGAGAGAAAUCCACAUUAAGCCACCUGCGACAAACAGACAUCAUGAGUCACACAACCCGUUCUCCUCUCGGCCCCUGGCAGCCCGCUGCCAUCCUCGCUGCUGAUAGGUUUCCCACUCCAGUCGCUCCAAACGCUCCGAGGAUAAUUACAUUGUUAAUCAAUGUCUCUCCCCAAGCUAAAAGAAAUGUUAGGACCACAUAGCUAAAUCAGCAGCAGCCAUGAGAAAUGUAAAGAACAUUUAAGCAACUAAUUAUGUCUAGACGAGUGAUGGCACGGCUUUCGAUUAUAGUAAAAACAAAACAAAAUUCAAUUUUAGAGGUUUCGUUACAUUUUAGAAAAACGGCGUUCUCUAGCAACAGACUUAAAGUCAACAUGGAAUGAUAAUCGCAACCCAUUUGGCUUGCAGUUAAAUGUGACAUUCUUCAAGAAAAAAAGUGGGACUUUAUUUCAGUUAACAAGAACUGAUUGCAUAUAUCAUGGAAAAAAUAGUGCAGGAUUUACUUUGAGACAGAAGUUGCUAGUAAAUUUCACAAGUAAUUACAAGGAAACAGCAGUCAGCGGUGUAAUUUUGAAGUAAACAGUCUAAAAUAUUAUUUUUCAUAGUAUUUUUUCCUGUAAAACAUACUCCAGUCAUCAACUGCAUUAUGAUGAACGAUUACAAAGGCAAAUAUAUUUUUCUUUGCCGUAUUGUGCAGUAUUGCUUCUUUUGGAGAGUCUUGAGCAAUAAGACAUGCAUGUAUAUUAUGAAAAUAUAUUGAUUUGAUUUCAUGUUGACU